ACUGAAAGGCUAGCUAUCGCCCCCUGGACCUUGGUGGGAUAAUGGCAGGUAGCAGUGUUACAGGCGUCCCCGGAGGUGGUAUCUGGGUAUUACCGUCGCUCCGACAGAAAGGGGAUUUCGAGGGAGAGCAAUAGAGACGUGAUCUGGGCUAGAGGGGCCGGAGGUCGAUAGAUUGAGUGGCUAGAGAGGCCGGAGGUAAGGGGCUGUAGAAGUCGGGCGGACCCGGAAUCCAGAGGAAACGGGACCAUGACUUAUGCUUAUCUCUUCAAGUACAUCAUCAUCGGGGACACAGGUGUGGGGAAGUCAUGUCUCCUCCUGCAGUUUACAGACAAGAGGUUCCAGCCUGUCCACGACCUCACAAUAGGUGUGGAGUUUGGGGCCCGUAUGGUCAACAUUGAUGGAAAACAAAUCAAACUGCAAAUCUGGGAUACGGCUGGACAAGAAUCCUUCCGUUCUAUCACCCGUUCCUACUACAGGGGAGCAGCCGGAGCACUGCUGGUGUACGACAUUACAAGGCGUGAAACCUUCAACCACCUGACCUCGUGGUUAGAGGAUGCCCGGCAGCACUCCAGCUCCAACAUGGUUAUCAUGCUGAUUGGGAAUAAGAGUGACUUAGAAUCCCGUAGAGAUGUGAAGAGAGAAGAGGGAGAGGCCUUUGCUCGGGAACAUGGACUUAUAUUCAUGGAAACGUCAGCCAAAACAGCCUGCAAUGUUGAAGAGGCCUUCAUUAACACAGCCAAAGAAAUAUAUAGGAAGAUCCAGCAGGGUUUAUUUGAUGUCCACAAUGAGGCAAAUGGCAUCAAGAUUGGCCCCCAGCAGUGUAUUUCAACAUCAGUGGGACCCAGUGCCUCCCAGCGGAGCUCUCGUGACAUGGGGUCCGACUCUGGCUGCUGCUGAACAUCUGGCCUGGACUCUUUUUUCCUUCCUGGAACAGCUUCAGAUCAAUAGGCUUAAAGAAAGAGGUCUUACUUGCUUUGGCUGAGAAAAGCCUCUUUUCAAGGUGUGAUGUUUUGCCUUUCCACUUAAAGACCAGGGGAGAAUUUGGGCCCUUAUUGACCUGUCCUUCUUCAGGGACGUGAGCAUUCCCUAUAGACUAGGGCUCUUCUCAUCCUUCUAUUUUAAUUUCUAAAAUGUUGGGAUCAAAGCUGAUUGUCAUGGUAGUUCAAAAAUAAAUUCUUUUAUAAGCAUAUACAAUCUACUCCCCACCAAGAAUUAGUAACAACGGUCUAGGACCUUCUGCUUGAGCACUUGAGAUUACUGGGAUCCGGCCGGCCUUUUGACCGUAGAUCCUCAGUCUUGGGAUUUCAUUGAAUUUUUUCACUUGCCACGUCAUAAGAUUUGUUGCAGAUAGCAGUUCCUUCUACUUGAACUGCUCAAGGAUGCUGAAUACUUCUCCAUCAUCCCAUUGCUAGUUUCUCUGUAUUAGAGUAACUACAAAAUUUUGAAAGCAGUGGAGUUGCUCCUGGACCUGUAGCCACUUACUAUCAUUACCUAGAGAAAACAUCUUUCCCUGUUCAUUUUGUUUUAGGGACCAGACCUAACAUUAGUAAGUCAGUGUCUUUGACCAAAUAGACUCCUACCGUUUCAUCACACACA